AUGUCUCUUUUUACACUCUCAGGUAUGGAGCUUCUUCACACGCCCAUGCUCCCGAGCCAGCUUACAGUGGUCUCUGAUUCACGCAAAUUGCCUAUUUACUUGACUCACACCGGCUUUCUGUUGGCUGCUCUCUUCCUCGCCUCAUGGCUCCAUCGUCUGCUAGUUUACGCACGUACUGCCCACUUAGACUUUCGAGUAAAAAAGGUAUUUGGUCCGUCAAAUGUCCACGCCAAAGGUCGUCAGGAUGCCACGGGCAAACUGUCCGCAGACUCGGUGCCAAGUGAGGAUCAAAGAGCUGUGCGUCGGACAAUUAGUGAUUGGCCUGCUGGAGACCGAGUCCCGUCUGUUAUCGAAGCUGGUGAGCCGAGUGGCGGUCUCGUAUGCAACUGUCAUCCGCAGAACUUGCAGGCUUCUGGCCACAGGAACCGGAUAGAAGACUCCGUAAACAAUGAAGCCAUGAUUUUGGUCAAUCGGGACCUAUCCGGGCCGGCUCUUUACGGCCAGUUCACGGAUUGCAUGCUCCAGAAUAGUGAACGCUUUGACUUGGUCGGAAACGAACUUGCUUUGUUGAACUUAGGGGUCGAAGAAGAUGAGGAACAAGAGGAUGAUGAUGAAUUGCUUUCGCUCGACGUCAGGUUUGAUGCAGUGUGGGCCAAGCGACAGGAAUUGGAGUCAAAGGCAGUAAACCAGGUGAGACAAGACAAAUAUGAGACAAACGAGUCAUCAUUCGGCCACGCUGAGAAUCUUUUGGAGGGGAACAUAGUGAAAAAUAAGCUACUAAACCAGCUCAUUCUUGCUGGUUCUGAAGUAUUAUGUAAUGUCUUUAGUGAUGUGGUCUCAGAAAGGCUACCGUAUGAUUCAUCCUUCUCUGGAAAAACUUGCUCUUCUUCAUCACAGACACCUCUUGAUUCCUCCAUCCACGCGGCUAAGGAUACAUGUGAUGGAUUGGAGCUCCCAGUUACGAAGCGCCCUGUUACCAGUAGAGAUGGUACUAUGUUGCAGAAACCUCUCAAUCCGAUUCAAAGUGAGCUAGGAUUGGACCUCAACGAUACGUCGUGUUCGUCGUAUUCUUCUUUCAUACCGCCAAAGGAAGCCUUUACAUUCAGCACAACUGCCAAAAUCGAAAUUUCCAGAAGCAAUUCUUCUUUGUAA